ACUUUUAUUUAUCAAUGAACUUACUUCACUGACUGACUGAUAAAUAUAUCCAACAUUUAUUGGCCUACAAAGUUCAGUCUGUUUUACACCUUCCUUCGAGUUUAUCUAACAAAUGUGUGUGAUUUUAUUUUUUGAAUUUUGACUUUUAUUAAAAGUGAUUUUCAAUUUUUGCUUAAUUUUUUUGGAUUAUUUGUGGAUUUCUGUGUUGUUUUAUUUUCGCUGAUCGAAUCUUUAAUUUCAAGUUUUUGUAUUUCCUAUCAAAAUAGGCUACUAUAGUAGUAAAAUAAAGGACGAUAUAAUGCAGACUACAGGAUUAAGAGCAGCAACCGAAUCAUUUCAAGUACCACAUUCACAUUGGGAGUCGUCAAGCAUGAGAUUCCCUAGGUCAAUUCACCAAGAAGAUGAUUCAUAUUUACCUCAAGAUCCUAGACAAUGGUCGAGACAAGAUGUUGCAACAUGGCUAUCAUUUAUAUCACGAACACAUAGUUUAUGCGAUGUACGAAAAGAUCGUUUUUUAAUGAAUGGCAAAGCAUUAUGUUUAAUGUCAUUACAUAUGUUCCUAGCACGUGUUCCUGUUGGUGGCAAGUUACUUUAUAAAGAUUUUCAACUACGUUUAGCACGAGCAAUGUAUGCAAAUGGUGGCGAAUAAAUUUAGGACAUUUAACAAAUUUAUUAAUUACCAACAAAUAUAUUUAA